UUGUAGUUGUUGGUUCUGCAAUAAUAGACAUGAUUUGGUAAUGCACAUAUCCACAACCUCUUAUAUUUUUUUAUUUACUUUUACUAUAUUAUAUUUUUCCAGUUAUGCUCCUCGUCUUCCAAAGAUUGGAGAAACAUUACAUGGACAUUCCUUUGCCACGGGAUUUGGAGGCAAGGGAGCUAAUCAGUGCGUGGCUUGUGCCAAACUAGGAGCUAAAUGUUCAUUAAUAGCAAAAGUUGGAAACGAUAUUUGGGGAGACAAAUAUUUGGAGAACUUGAAAAAUUGUAACGUCAAUGUAGAAUUUGUUGAGAAAGUAAAAGAUAACACUGGGAUAGCUCAAAUAACUGUUUUAGAUUCGGGGGAUAACCAAAUUAUAAUUAUUCCAGGUGCGAAUAAAUCCUUAUCUGUAAACGACGUCAAUAGGGCAGCUAAUCACUUAAACAAAGCAGCCGUUUUGGUAUGUCAACAAGAAACUCCAUUGGAUGCCACAAUAGAAGCGCUAACAAAAUUUAAAGGAAUUUCAAUACUUAAUUGCGCUCCGGCAUUUGAAAACACUCCUAAUGAGUUACUUACUCUUCCUACUUUUUUAUGUGUAAAUGAAAGCGAAGCAGCUCUGAUGACGAAUUUAAAUAUCAAAACUUUACAAGAUGCUAAAAUUGCAGCGUUGAAAUUGUUGGAGAUUGGAGCAAAUUCUGUAAUAUUAACAAUGGGAAAAGAUGGUGCAAUUUUUUCACAGAAAAACGAAAAUGUUUAUCAUAUACCUACCAAGAAAAUUGAAAAGGUAAUUGACACAACUGGUGCUGGAGAUGCUUUCAUAGGUUCUCUUGCAUUUUUCUUUUCGAAAUUCAACCAUUUACCUAUUACUCAACAAAUUGGAGCGGCUUGCGAAAUCGCUUCUUUAAGUGUACAGAGAACUGGAACUCAAUCUUCUUUCUUCUUAAUUUCAGAAGUUAAGGAAAUAAUUGAAAAUGUUGAAAAUAAUGUGUAUCCAGUUCAUGAAUUAUAACGUUUAAUAAAUUUUUUCUAAUAACGAA